CAACAGAGAAACAUGCAGGCUUGUUAGAUGUUGCUUGAAGCACCCCAUUUGAAAACUACUAUGACACUUAGUGAGGCGAAUAGAUGGUAUUCUUAAGUAAAAAGCAAAAGAAUGGCUUAUGAUGAAUAACAAUUAAGUGAAUGCAGCUGCAUUAAGAGUUGGGAACAAGGAACAAGAACAAUAGCCUGGAUCCUGCCCAUAGAUGAUGCCUAGUUAAGAGAUAGAGCUAAGUAUAUGCUUUGAAAAGCAUUUCAAUAUUUUGUUCUUAUCCUUCAUCUUGAACUGAAGUUGGCUUGGGGUCCUCCCCUGGAAAUUCUGAUGUUGAUCAUGUUUGCUACAACAGGUCCAGCAGUCAAAUGGUGAAUCAUUCAAUACUUAAAAAGUGCCUGAAGAUGUUAAGGAAGGCAGAAGAAUAGAGAAGAUUAGCAUGGCCCCUGCGCAAGGAUGACACGCACAAAUCGAGAAAUGGUCCAAAUUUUUUGCCACAUGUUUUAGUAUGUGGGGAUAUGAGAGAUUGUAACAACAGUUAUCACCAUAUGUUGCUUCAGAAUCUAAAUUUUUCCAUAAAAAUGCUUAUAUUUGGAUUGCUUAUCUUGUAAGGUUAUUCUGUUAUUGUUGAUGCUCAAUGGCAAUGUAUUUUCUGUCUCUAGUUUCUUUCCAUACUUCCCAUCCAUCACUUUCAAUAUUUAACUUGAAGAAAGGAAAUUGGAUAUUGACUGUCUCACAUAGAGAAGCGUCAGUUGGGGGAGGAAUGGCAGGAAAGGUAGAUAAAGAUACCUUAUUUUUGUGCUAUGAUAUGGUGAUUUCUCUUAUACUUGAAGAAAGUUUUGCUGCAAUGGAACCUGCCUCUUCUCGCACUCUAAACAAAAGGCCAACACGAGAAAAUAUGAAGGAGGUAGCCAGGGAAGUAUCUUUCACAGCCUACAAGGGCUUCAAGACUCUUAAGUGGUCUAUUGGUAAUUCCACAUGUCAAAUAUUGAUUGUCUCGCAUAGAGAAGCGACAAUCGAAGCUGAAAUGAAAGAAAAGAUAGAGGAAUCUAUGGGAAAUGUUCUGUAUUUAAUUAUCCCACAAUGAGAGCAGAUAAAUAAAGGGCUUGAGUAACGAGAAGAUAAAUAGAGGUCAAAGGUGAAAACCUCCAGUGCUUGAAAUGACCAAGUCUUUUAUAGAGAGAAUGGCAUCAAUUGUAGAUGCGGAAACUAUCAUAUUGUCCAAUUGCAAGGAUGAUAUGAUUUGAAGGAUUUCAAGCAAUAUGUUGUUGAAUCUGGUCUGGCAUCUAAUACGGAAAACGUUGGUCUUUCUUCCCGCAAAUUAAAGCGAUUGCUAAUAGAGUUGUACUGAAGAUUUAUUGAAGAGAAUGGAGCUAGGAGCAACCGAGCAAGAAAGAAAUGGAUGACUUCAAAGGUGCCUCGGAGAUUUUUUUAGUGCCAAUGAUUGUUUGGUCCAGUAUUUGAAGUUGAGAAAUACUGUCACAGUGCCACCUCAAUUACUUAAAAUCUAAAGGCUCUAAACAUUUAAUUGGGAAA